GUAAAUAGACUGCCUUUCACUUCCGGUGCCGGUAUCUUCAAGCAAGGGCGAAUUAACGAUGGCAAGUCCAGUGGCUAAAGUUGCUAAAGCAGUUUGCAGAGUUGGCAGUCAAAUACAAAAUUUGACAGCUCCAGCUUCUAUAAAUGCGGCCCAGAAAAGACACUAUGGCCAGGGAAGUCGUAUCAAGGUUGCCAACCCAGUUGUUGAAUUGGACGGAGAUGAAAUGACCAGAAUCAUUUGGGAGAAAAUAAAGGAAAAGUUGAUUUUCCCAUACCUUGAUGUUGACUGCAAGUACUAUGAUCUUGGACUACCAUACCGUGAUGCUACAGAUGAUCAGGUGACCAUUGAUUCAGCAGAAGCUAUAAAGAAGUACAGUGUUGGUAUCAAAUGUGCCACCAUUACCCCAGAUGAAGAAAGAGUUGAAGAAUUCAAGCUGAAGAAAAUGUGGCUGAGUCCCAAUGGAACAAUCAGAAAUAUCCUUGGUGGAACAGUAUUCAGGGAACCAAUCCUCUGUCAGAAAGUCCCCAGGCUGGUUCCUGGCUGGACUGAAGCUAUUGUAAUUGGCAGACACGCCUUUGGUGACCAGUACAAAGCAACAGAUGUUGUAUUUGAUGGACCUGGAAAAUUUGAAAUUAGUUGGACACCAGAGGGUGGCUCUGAAACCAGAACCCAAGUGUUUCAAUUCAAAAAUGGCGGAGGCUGUGGUAUGGCCAUGUACAAUACAGACGAGUCAAUCACUGGGUUUGCACAUGCCUGCUUCCAGUAUGCAAUCAUGAAGAAAUGGCCUCUAUACAUGAGCACCAAGAACACAAUUCUGAAACGUUAUGAUGGUAGAUUUAAGGAUAUCUUUGAAGAAAUCUACCAAGCAAAAUACAGAGGUGACUUUGAGAAGCUUGGAAUUUGGUAUGAGCACCGUCUUAUUGACGAUAUGGUGGCCCAGGCUCUCAAGUCAAGUGGAGGAUUUGUUUGGGCAUGUAAGAACUAUGAUGGUGAUGUACAGUCAGAUGUUGUAGCACAGGGUUAUGGUUCACUUGGUUUAAUGACCAGUGUUCUGGUAUGUCCCGAUGGUAAAACAAUUGAGGCUGAGGCAGCCCAUGGUACAGUGACACGACAUUACAGGGAACAUCAGAAGGGUAACCAAACCAGUACCAAUCCUAUUGCCAGUAUAUUUGCAUGGACUCGAGGCUUAGAACACAGAGGGAAACUAGACGGUAAUCAAGAAUUGCAGAAAUGGGCUCAACAAUUAGAAAAGGCCUGCGUAGACACUGUUGAUGCUGGAAAAAUGACAAAAGAUCUGGCUGGAUGUAUCUAUGGACUCAAAAAUGUAAAACCAGAACACUAUUUGUACACAAUGGAUUUCCUUGAUGCUAUUGAUGAGACCUUCCAGAGGAGCUUAAAAAAUUGACAGUAGUCAACAUUUAGACACAUUUUUGACUUUUGAAUUAACAAAUGCAGCUAGCCUUAAAUAUAAAACAUUUUCUGCCAUAGAAUAAAAUGUUAUUAAACUGUGGCUAAAACUAAUACACUGUAUUAUUUUGUGUGUGAAUUUAUUUUAAUAUAUUUGUGUGAACAGAAAAUAUAGACUGAAAUAAUGUGUUGCCAGACACUGGCUUCCCUUCACUAUAAAGAAAGAGUGAUUUUUUUUUUUGGUAACUUUAUCAUCGUUAUUUGGUCAUUCUACCAUUUGCUUAUAUAACUUUACUUUUUAUGAACCAGAAAUACAAACUAGUCGCAUCAUAAACACAUCUUCUGCAGAGCAGAGAGCACUGUAGUUAAUGGAUUGUUUUUCUAGUAUUUUAAAUUAGCUUUUUAUAUAUAAUCAAUAUAAUUAUUAUAGCAAGGUACUUGUCCGAAUAAUAUCUGUACAGUUAGUUAUAUUACUGCACAAUGCAUUCCCAUAUAUUUCUGCAGUUGAAAGAGUAUCAUGUAGACAAUGGUCUAGUUUUUGACAUGUAUAAGUGCUAUGUUAGUGCUGGUGUGGUACUGGUGUAAAUGUUUACAAUGGUUCCUGUUGCGUGUGUGUAGUGAAAUUUGAAGAUUAGGUCUGGCAACGUGGGAUCAGGGAUUUCUUUUCUCCGAAAUUUGUUGAUUUAACAGUUUUUGAAGAACAAAGACAAAUAAAUUAUGAAAAGAU